AUGCUGCCCACUGAGUGUCGGAGCCCAGCGGCUCGGAGCACCAUGUCCAGACAGCAGCAGCAGCCUCCGCCGCUGCGAGCGCCCAUCCGCGUCCACGACAGCCUGGUGGAGGUCAAGAGCAAAUUUGAUGCUGAAUAUCGGAGGUUUGCCCUGAAGAGGGACGGGCCUGGAGGCUUUCAGGAGUUCUACCGCCUGCUCCAGACCAUUCACCGCAUCCCAGGAGUAGACGUGAUACUGGGCUAUGCUGAUGUGCACGGAGACCUCCUGCCAAUCAACAACGAUGACAACUUUCAGAAGGCAGUCUCCUCGGCCAACCCACUGCUGCGCAUCAUCAUCACUAAGAAAGAAGACGAGCCGGUGGUUUUUGGCACCAACUCUCUGCAGAGGCGUAAGAAGGGCCUGGGUCUGACUGGACUCAGGACCACGGGCUCAGGCUCCACCAGAAGCAAACAGGCCCUGCUCAUCGGAAUGCCCCAGAACUUCCGACAGAUCUCCUCCAUUAUCGACGUGGACAUCCUGCCUGAGACGCACCGGCGCGUUCGACUGCACAAACACGGCACCCACAAACCACUGGGCUUCUACAUCCGGGACGGGGUCAGCGUCCGGGUCACUCCGCAGGGGGUGGAGAAGGUCCCAGGGGUGUUCAUCUCCCGUUUGGUGAGGGGCGGGCUGGCUGAGAGCACGGGACUGCUGGGAGUCAAUGAUGAAAUCUUAGAGGUCAACGGCAUCGAUGUAGCAGGAAAAUCACUGGACCAGGUAACGGACAUGAUGGUAGCCAAUAGUCACAACCUCAUAGUGACGGUGAAGCCGGCGAAUCAAAGAAACAACGUGGUCCUUCGCGGCAGCAAGACCUCGAUGGGGAACUCUGGCUCCGUGGGCUCUGCUGGAUCCGCGGGGUCAGCCCUGUCACAUGACUCGCCGAGCCCCGCGUCACAGAGCAACCCCAUCACAGCCAGUAACAGUAUCGUGGAAGGAGACAGCGAGGAGGACGAUGAUGAAGACAGAGACCUCAUUUUGGAGAACGACCUGUCGUCCUACCACCCCCAACAUGUGCCCAACAGCCACAACCUCAACCUGAGCAGGGACUCUGCCAACGGCCGUCUGAACAAUAACGGCGGCGCCCGCGGCCUGCCCCAGAGCAUCUCUUUACCCAGCAGCAUCGGAGCGUCACUUAGCAACAGUGGCACGCUGUUGACCAACCACAACCAAAGCCCCAUGUCAGCCUCCAGCUCCAGUCAGGACAUGAGAGAGGACGGCAACAUCAUCACUUUGUAG